AUGAAGCUAUUACUGAAAUCCGGCCUCUACAGCGCCCUCUUGUGCCUGGCUGUCGGCCUCCAGUGCUUCACCUUCAGGGGUCUUCCGGACCAUGCUUCUCAAGAACAGAAAGCGGAGACGUGUGACGGCAAACAGCAGUACUGCAGUUCUACAUUCAUCACGUACAGCGGUAUACUGCAUGGCGGUGUCCUAGUUAAGGAAUGUUCUUUUGGAGAAACCUGCAACCGAACCCACAUAGGCUCCCUGAAACACAUCGAAACCAGCCAGACCAUACUCUGCUGUGACAAAGACCUCUGUAACCAAGACUUAGUACCAGAUCUUGGAGAGGAUUACCGCACUGAGUGCUUGGCAUGCCAGGGACCACCUAAAACGUGUGGGGGCAACAAUCAUCCAAGUAUGAGAUGUGGACCUUCUCAAAAAUCUUGUAUAGAGGUUUCUAUCACUAAUGCACUGAGUCAAGACAUAAUGCACUCCAUGAUAAAAAGCUGCAGCAACACGUCCGCGUGUCCCGGACUCUCCGCAUUCAGCAACGGGCAGAAGCCGGUGUCCUACGCCUCCACUCAUCACUGCUGUAAUGGAAGCCAGUGCAACGGGGGGGAAUUCACAGACGAGGAUCCUGGAGAAGAGAACGGGUUGGAGUGUUACAGCCGACCAUCUCCUGAAGAGUCCGGCACAAUGCGGUGCAAAGGGCAGAUGACCCAGUGUAUGGACCUGAUAGGUUCUUCUCCAGAUGAUGUCGUGAUGAGUGGCUGUGCUACUGAAGCCUUCUGUCAGGGCCUGUACCCCCACUUCAAAAUGCCAGGGUGGGAGAGCACCCAGUGCUGCGCCGAAGCACUCUGCAACCAUGGCAAUAAUGGAGUCAAAAAGGAAACUCACCAUGACUCCUAAAAUAUAGCCGAAACACCAUUCAGUUGUACAUAGUCCUCUAACCAUAUGCUGUAGGAGUAAGUAGGGUAUAUUCAACAGGUUUGACCUAUGUGGGGAAGGGAAAACAUACUUUAUUUUUCCACAAAAAUUCUAAAGAAAAAUCUUACUUUAUAUUGGUUGUCAAACCAUUAAAACCAAUCCUGUUCAUCAGCCGUUAUCACAGGGGGGACCUGUGGUUGUCUAUACUGUUUCGCUGCAGUGGCCACUACAGGGGAAAAGUGGUAUUACAUGACACUUAUUUAAAUACAUAGGCAACUCUGUAAUACAUAACUUAGACUACAGGAGCCACUUUUUGUUAGCAGAUCCAUAUGGCUUAAAGGGGUACUCCCGUGGAAGACUUUUUUUUUAAAUCAACUGGUGACAGAAAGUUAAACAGAUUUGUAAAUUACU